GAGUGAUUAGCAAUUUAGCAUCACAUUCGAAAAAAAAGCCCACAAUGUAAUUCUUUUCGUAAAGCCCUUUACUUUUUUUAUUUACAUAAUUAUUUCAGCUUUCUCUGGCGACAGAAAAAUCCUCCGUCAUUGAUAAUCAGUCACACAGAAAAAGAAUUGUUCGAGAUUCUUCCGAGAGAGAAGCGACUGUGUAAUCUCUAAAUCGUAAGAGCUCUCUCUCUCUUUCUCUUCGAAGAUAUGGGUGGUGCGGUGAAGGAUAUCGCUUCAAAGUCGGAGCUUGAUAACUUGCGCCAGAGCGGCGCACCCGUCGUGCUUCACUUCUGGGCUUCUUGGUGUGAUGCUUCCAAGCAGAUGGAUCAAGUUUUCUCUCAUCUCGCUACCGAUUUCCCUCGAGCUCACUUUUUUAGGGUAGAAGCUGAGGAGAAUCCUGAGAUAUCUGAGGCUUACGCUGUUGCUGCUGUGCCGUAUUUCGUCUUCUUCAAGGAUGGCAAAACUGUGGAUACACUUGAGGGGGCAGAUCCAUCGAGUUUAGCCAAUAAGGUUGGCAAAAUCGCCGGCUCAACUACCUCUUCUGAGCCUGCUGCUCCUGCAAGCCUAGGCUUAGCCGCAGGGCCAACGAUUCUCGAAACCGUGAAGGAGAAUGCGAAAGCCACCGCGAAGGACCGAGCUCAGCCUGUAACAUCCACCACCACCGAUGCUCUCAAAACCCGUUUGGAGAAGCUCACCAACUCUCACCCUGUCAUGUUGUUCAUGAAAGGUACACCUGAAGAGCCUAGGUGCGGGUUUAGCCGGAAAGUGGUCGACAUUUUGAAUGAGGAGAAUGUCGAUUUCGGGAGCUUCGAUAUACUCUCUGACAACGAAGUGAGGGAAGGUUUGAAGAAAUUCUCAAACUGGCCAACGUUUCCUCAGCUCUACUGCAACGGAGAGCUUCUUGGUGGGUCUGAUAUCGCGAUAGCGAUGCACGAGAGUGGUGAGCUGAAAGAUGCAUUCAUCGAUAUGGGGAUCGUCACUACGGUUGGUUCAAAAGAAAGUCUUGACGAAGCUGCAAAAGGAGGAGGGAUAACUUCAGGGAACACAGGGCUAAGCGAGACCCUCCGAGCUCGGCUCCAAGGCCUUGUCAAUUCCGAACCAGUGAUGCUGUUCAUGAAAGGAAAACCAGAGGAGCCAAAGUGUGGGUUUAGCGGGAAAGUAGUUGAGAUUCUGAAGCAAGAAAAGAUCGAGUUUGGGAGUUUCGAUAUACUCUUGGAUGACGAAGUUCGUCAAGGGCUUAAAGUGUACUCAAACUGGUCGAGCUAUCCUCAGCUCUACGUCAAAGGAGAGCUUCUAGGUGGGUCAGACAUUGUCUUGGAGAUGCAAAAGAGCGGGGAGCUGCAAAAAGUUUUGUCCGAGAAAGGAGUCGUUGGGAAACAGAGUCUUGAAGAUAGGUUGAAGACGUUGAUCAACUCUGAAAAGGUUAUGCUUUUCAUGAAAGGUUCACCAGAUGAGCCGAAAUGCGGAUUUAGCUCCAAAGUUGUGAAGGCACUGAGAGGAGAGAAUGUGAGUUUCGGGUCGUUUGAUAUCUUGACUGAUGAAGAAGUGAGACAAGGGAUCAAGGAUUUCUCAAACUGGCCUACGUUUCCUCAGCUUUACUACAAAGGUGAGUUAAUUGGAGGAUGUGAUAUCAUCAUGGAGCUCAGUGAGAGUGGUGAGCUCAAAGAAACUCUUUCUCAGUAAGAUUUUAGUUCUUGGUAAUAAUAUUAUCAUUAUGUUUAGGUGUUGUUACAGACAUUGUUGUUACUUGAGGUUUGUUUGGUUAUUUCUAUGAUUGAAGAAAACACUUAUUUGCGUAUCAGAUUCAUGACCUUUUGCCUCCACAACAGAUUUC